AUGAUGGUCGACGCCCUUGCACGAGAACAAGGAGAUGACUAUAGCAACUGCAGUUGUAAAGACGAGUGUACUCAAUUACACGUGAGCAGGCUCCCUCUUGUCGUUCGGGUAAGCAUUCAAGGCCAAGAUGGCCCUUAAGUUUUUAACAGCUUAUAAACUUGACUUGACAUACAGCAUUGCAGAAUGAUGUACUGCUUAGACAGCACCAUCUCGGAAAAACAGUUUCAACCUACCGGAGUGCUUGCUUAAGGCACAUACAGCCUUAUCCUCAUUCUUAUUUAUUCCUUCUUUUUGCAAUUGAUGUCAGUUUUGCCUAGAUCACUGUAAAGCUCACCUGUUUAUAUUGCUUUUAUUGUAAACUUUUUUCUUACGCUUAUCAAACGAGCUGGGUACAAUGUACAGUUCAGUGCCAACUGUCUGCGACUGCGACCACCAGUUUGAAUGACGGCUUUGCAAUUUCCCAUUGCCGGUUUUUAUCCCCCUGUAGGAAACAACUUAAGAAAUGGUUUUAUCUCUAUGUUUAUUGUAUUUAAUGGACUACAAGCAAUUAAAUGCAAUCUUCUUUUAGUGAAAAAAAUGGCAACACAUGUCGUAAAUAAAAAACUGCAUGUAAUAAUAGAAUUUCUAUGCCAAAAUGUAGAUGUAUACGAGACUCUUGUACGACUAAGAGGAGCCACUGUGGCUCAAUUCUCGUUGGCAGAAACCGUCCUCUCGUCGAUAGCGACCUUUAAUUUUUGGGGGUCUUCGCUGGUAAAAAAUCGACUGUUUAAAAUAAAUCUAAAUGGCAUUUUCUGAUGUAAAAUUUACGUUUUUUUCUCUCUUUCUCUCCCUCUUUUUCAUUCCAGGAAGAAGACAACUACCUAAGCUACGAAAAUUUCCCAGUGUUGUGUCGAGAUGCCGCCUCCAUCAUGCUCCCGGCUUCACCGCCAUCCAAGAAGUAUGUUUGCAAACAAACUUUUGACUGCCGCCGUGAAUGUAACCACGCCUUCUACACGUGA